GGGCCCUUCCCCUUCCCGCCCGGCCGGCAGGUUGGUGGGGGGCUGCACGACCCGGGGAGAAGCUCCAAGGCCGAGGAUCGCGAUGAAACCCCCGAGCCGGGGCUGCGGGUCGGUUUCACCCCGUCCCUCUCUGCCCCCAGUGCUGCCCAAGUUCGAAGUGACCCUGGAGCUGCCCCCCGUGGUGACGGUGCUGGAUGAGACGCUCCUGCUGCGGGUGUGCGGCCGAUACACCUACGGGAAGCCCGUCCUGGGGAGGGUCCAGGCCAGCCUGUGUCGGGAGGAAAUACCAGAAGAUCCCUGGUACGGGGCUCAGUGCAUGGAGCUUACUGGCCAGACUGACAGCAACGGCUGCUUUUCCAGAGAGGUGGGGAUGGCACCCUUGGAGCUGACCCACUAUGACUAUGAGAUGAGCCUCCAGGCCAAGGCGUCUCUCGUGGAGGACGGGACAGGGGUGAAGCUCAAUGUGACCAAGAGCUGUGACAUCGUGUCUGAAAUCGCUACGGUGACUUUUGAGGACACUGACGAGACUUACAAGGCUGGAAUCCCCUACACUGGCAAGAUGCUCCUGAAGGCGGCAGGUGGCUCUGCACUGAAGAAUGAGAAGCUGCAGCUCUUUGUUAGCUCUGGGGAUGAGAAUAAGAACCAGACCUUCCUGACGGACGAGUCUGGCAGAGCCUCCUUCGAGCUGGACACCUCCGGCUGGACCGGGUGGGUCACUCUGAGGGGGCGCUUCAAGCCGGUGGCUCGCAGCUCUGUGUAUGGGAGACUCUCUCCCCAUUAUCCGGAUGUCCAUCGUCACCUGGAGCCCUUCUACUCCAAGAGCCAGAGUUUCCUGAAGAUCCGCGGGCUGGGAGGGGAGCUGCCCUGCGACCAGGCCCAGCAGCUCCAGGUGGAUUACGUCAUUGCUAGGGAGGCCCUGGGGAACGGGUCCAGGAGCCUGGAGUUCAUCUUCCUGGUCGUGGCCAAGGGAGCCAUCGCCAGGAUCCUCCACAAGGGGCUGGACCUCAGGGAAGGGGCUGGGCUGAAGGGCUCCUUCUCGGUGGAGCUGCCCGUCGGCGCUGACCUGGCGCCCGCUGCCAAGGUGCUGGGUUACACGGUGCUGCCCGAUGGUGAGAUGGCUGCUGACCGCGCCCGGCUGCAAUUGGCCAAGUGCCUCCCGAACAAGGUGAAGCUGGCCUUCUCGCAGGACCGGGCCCUGCCGGGCUCAGAGCUCCAGCUGCGGGUGCAGGCUGCCCCCGGGUCCCUGUGCGCCGUCCGCGCCGUGGAUCAGAGCGUGCUGCUCAUGAAGCCCGAGGCCGAGCUCAGCGUCGACACGGUCUAUAACCUGCUCCCGGAUUUUCCCCGAGGAGACUAUCCUGACGCAGUGCAAGAGCCUGAGUCAUGUGGUCCUACGAGUCUAGUUCCUCACUGCCACGGCUUAGGUCCCAGGUGGAGGUGUCGCAGAGGGAUUAGCAGCUGGACUCCCCCUCAGCCUGACGCCUACAGCCUGUUUAAGGAUGCGGCUUUGAAAAUUCUCACCAACACCAAUGCCAAGCCGCCCUGUGAACAUGGACUCUCAAUGGACUUGCAUUAUGACGCAGAAAUCCCAUAUGCCAUGGAAGUGAUCCCUUGGGCAGCAAGUGUGGAUAGUGAAGCAGGGACCCCAGCGAUCAACGGUCUGCUACCGCCAGAACCCAGCACCCAGGAGGAGGCAGUGCCACGUGUGUACUUCCCAGAGACGUGGCUUUGGGACCUGGUGCCUGUGGGCGAGGGGGGCUCCAAGGACGUCCCAGUCUCGGUGCCCGACACCAUCACGGAGUGGAAAGCUGGGAUGUUCUGCACGGCGGAGCUGGGCUUUGGGCUCUCGCCCACGGCCACCUUCACGGCCUUCAAACCCUUCUUUGUGGAGCUGGCCUUGCCGUACUCCGUGAUCCGGGGAGAGGCCUUCGCCCUAAAGGCCACCGUCUUCAACUACCUGCGGCAGUGCAUCAAGGUGCGGGUGACGCUGGCGGAGUCUGCGCAGUUCCAGGUGCAGGCGGGCGAGGACGGCGCCUACACCAGCUGCCUCUGUGCAGACGAAGGGAAAACCUUCCAGUGGGAGGUGACGGCGAGCAGCCUGGGGGAGGUGAACUUCACCGUCAGCACCGAGGCUCUGCGCACCGAGGAGCUGUGCGGCAAUGAGCUGGCCGUGGUGCCGGCCCAGGGGCGAGUGGACACCGUGAUAAAGCCCCUGCUGGUCCAGCCGGGGGGGAUCCUGGAGGAGAAGGUGCACAGCUCCCUGCUCUGCCAGGAAGCCUCUGAAGAAAUCUCCUUGCAGCUGCCUGUGAACGUCCUGGCGGGGUCCGAGCGGGCCCACGUGACUGUCCUGGGAGACAUAAUGGGCACGGCUCUGCAGAACAUAGACCGCCUGCUGGCCAUGCCCUACGGCUGUGGAGAGCAGAACAUGGUCCGGUUCGCUCCCAACAUCUACAUCCAGCAGUACCUGGAGAAGAGCGGGCAGCUGAGCCCAGAGAUCAGAGACAAAGCCAAGGGUUUCCUCCAGAGCGGCUACCAGCGUGAGCUGCUCUAUAAGCACGACGACGGCUCUUACAGCGCCUUUGGGGAGAGCGACGCCACGGGCAACACCUGGCUGACAGCCUUCGUUCUCAAGUCCUUUGGCCAGGCCAGGCCCUACAUCUCCAUCGACGAGAAGCACCUAGAAGACGCCCUAAGGUGGCUGCAGCAUCACCAGCUGGAGAGCGGCUGCUUCCGCAGUGUGGGGAAGCUGUUGAACAACGCCCUGCAGGGCGGCGUGGUGGACGAGCUCUCUCUCUCGGCUUACAUCACGGCGGCGCUGCUGGAGCUGGGGCAGCCGCUCAGGGACCCCACGGUGACCAGGGCCCUCCAGUGCCUCCGGGAGUCGAGCACCAGCGACCUCUACACGCAGGCGCUGCUGGCCUACGCCUUCGGGCUAGCGGGGAGCACUGAGCUGCGGGACGCCCUCCUGCAGCGCCUGGCCCAGCACAGCGUCAGCGCCGCGGGACAGCUCCACUGGCAGAGGAAGGUGAAGGCCCUGCCCAGCCCCUAUGGGAACCAGGCCCCGUCGGCGGAGGUGGAGAUGACGGCUUAUGUGCUCCUGGCCUAUCUCUCCUUGCCCAACGUGUCUGCUGCCGACAUGGCGACCGCCGCCCAGAUCGUCCGCUGGCUCAGCAAGCAGCAGAACCCCUACGGGGGCUUCGCCUCCACGCAGGAUACGGUGGUGGCCCUGCAGGCCCUGGCCAAAUACGCAGCCCUGACAUACAGCGCGAGCGGGGCUGUGUCGGUGACGGUGAGCUCCCAGGCCGGGGCCCGGCAGCAAUUCCACGUGGACAACGCCAACCGGCUGGUGCUGCAGCGAGCGGCCCUGCAGGAGAUCCCCGGGCAGUACACGGUGCGGGCCAGCGGCGAGGGCUGUGUCUUUGUGCAGCUGAUCCUGCGCUACAACGUGCCGCCCCCAAAGAGCGCCGCGACCUUUGACCUGCGGGUGGAGACGGAGCCGAAGGAGUGCACCGAGAGCGCCACAUCCCGCUUCAGCCUCGUGCUGCACGCCCGGUACAGCGGGAAGCGCCCAGCCACCAACAUGGCCAUCAUCGAGGCCAAGCUGCCGUCCGGCUAUAUCCCCGUCCAGAGCUCCCUGCGGCAGCUGGAGAAGCAGCCUUUGGUGAAGAGGCUGGAGGUGCAGAAGGACCAGGUGACGCUCUAUCUGGACCAGCUGACGAAGGAGGCGGCGAGUUUCACCUUCUCCCUGGAGCAGGAUUUCCCUGUGAAGAAUCUCAGAGCAGCCCCAGUGAGACUGUACGAUUACUACGAGACGGGUGAACACACAGAGGCUGAGUACAGCGCCCCCUGUGGCUCAGCCCCUGACGCCGACAUGAUGGAAAAUUCCCGCUGAAGCCCCCGCCCCUGCUGGGCACCCGCCUCCCCUCCCAUCCCAAGAGCCCCUUGCUGGCAGCCGACAACCCAGGAUCGAGGAGGGCACGGACAGGCCUCGUCUCAGCUGCUGCUCUUCCCAGAACCAGCUGCACUAUCCCUCUUAGCACCUUCUUCAGCCAACGCCUCCCCAUUCGCUCUGCAAACAUCCCACCUGCUCUCCCAUCUCUCAGCCCCCAGACCGGCCGCAUGAUCCCAGCUGUCUGUUACACACUGGGACCAGUGACUGCAGUGGGGACCCCUGGGUUUUGCUGCCCCUCCUGCCUGGAGCCUCAGUGUAAAACAAAAUACAAAAACCCACUUCUU